GGGACUCGCUCACUUUUAAUGAAGAGAUCUGUUAAGCGGAAAGAUAUUGGACCUGACAGAUCUGUAAUCAGAUUACUUAUACAGGACCGUAUUACACAACGGAGAAGAGGGGAGCAGGGAAAGAGGAAAAAAGGGGACCACCCGCCCUUCUUUCUCUCUUUCCCUCUCUCUCUCCAUAGUUCAGCUGUUAAAGCACCAACCAGUACAAUCAACAUUCACUGAGUGACCAUUCAAUGCCACUCUCUCCAGCUCCAAGCUUCCCAUCAACACAGUUUCCCUGUAUGGAAUGCUCUUGUCAUCACUCAGAGAGAAACUGUACAACCAUCAUGGCUCCAGAGAUGAAUCUGGGCUGAUCUGUCAAACUGCGGUUUAGGAGACACUCACCAAUCGAACGCAGUGAGAACCUUGAUGACUCUACUACCUGUGGAUGAGGAUGCGGUCUACACUAUCUCUCUGUGGAGGUGAAGGGGAGGGCAGGGGCCUGAGAGCCCGGGUAGGCAGGAUGAAGAGACUGCUGUGCCUUCGACACACCCACCGUGUGGAUGUCCUGACGGACAUGGAGCCGGGGCUCUGGCUGAGGCGCUUCCAGCUGCUGGACACAGAGGUCACUGAGGACCCAGUGCAGGAGUGGGGGGAGGAGGUGGAAGAGGGGGCCGUGUUCGGCAUAACCCUAUGUAGGGAGCCUGUGCUCCCCAGCCCCUCCACCCAGGUCCCCUCAGAGCCUCUCACUAUGUCCCUGUCGACUCCAUCGGCUUUCAACUUCAUCCAGUACCACACAGUGAAGGUGCGUCGGUUGAAAGCGGGGACCCUGGAGCGCCUGGUAACCCACCUGCUGGACUCAGAACACCAGGAAUCUGACUACGUCAGAGUGUUUCUGUCCACCUACAGAACCUUCACCACCCCCAACACACUCAUAGAACUGCUCUUCCAGAGGGAUGAUAUGAUUGCCAACCUGGACAACACAGUCUGCCCAAGGAGCACCCUGGUGCCCCUGAUCAGAACCUGGCUAGAAGAACACAGGGAGGACUUCAGAGAACCCCCUCGGCACCCCUCUCUGAGGCUGCUCUGUUUCCACCUCCGCCACCGCCUCGCCUUCCGUCGCAUCGCACAAACAGCUGAGACGCUGCUCAAGAAGCUCCAGGAAGAAGAUCGCAUUAGUCUGCAUCAGUCUGCACCAAUAGAUAAUAGUGAUUGUCAGCAGAAAGAGGAGGGGUCAGGAGAGGAAGUACCGAAGGAGGCGACUGGAGACUUUAUGGACUUCCCUGUCAUUGAGGUGGCAGAGCAGCUGACACGAUUGGAUGCUGACCUCUUCAUCAAGGUGGUCCCAUUCCAGUGCCUGGGCUGUGUCUGGUCUCAGCGGGACAAGAAGGAGAGCCGCAACGUGGUGCCCACCGUCCGUGCCACCAUCGCCCAGUUCAACGCUGUCACCAACCGGGUCAUCACCUCCCUGCUGUGCUCCUCGUCAAUGUCUCCGAUCUCUGUCUCCUCCUCAACCCUGAGUCCAUCUACGGCCCCUAGCUCCCCUCUCCUCCCUGACACCAGCCCCACCCUCAGGGCCAGGGUGCUAGAGCGGUGGAUCGCCAUAGCACAGGAGUGCAGAACGCUGAAGAACUUCUCCUCUCUGAGAGCCAUCCUGUCAGCCCUGCAGUCCAAUGCUGUGUACCGCCUCAAGAAGACCUGGGCUGCCGUCAACAGGGAUUGUAUGGCCUGUUUUGACCAGCUGUGUGAGACGUUCCCAGAUGAGAACUGUUUUCUGACCAGCAGAGAGAUCCUGGUGGAGGAUGGCAGCCAGCCGGAUGACAACGCCACCCCCAAGUCACCCCAGCUGUGCCCCAUGUCUAAACAGAUGAGCCCUACCAGUGGUGUAGUCCCCUACCUGGGCACCUACCUGACAGUCCUCACCAUGCUGGAUACUGCACUCACAGACACAGUAGAGGGUAGCCUCAUUAACUUUGAGAAACGUAGACGGGAGUUUGAGAUCCUGUCUCAGAUUGGCCAGCUGCAGGCGUUCUGCUCCUGCUACAGGCUUCCGGUAGACCAGACCAUCUCAGCCUGGCUGCAGAACCACACCAUGCUCAAUGACCAGGAGAGUUAUGAGCUGUCCCGUGCUCUGGAGCAUCCGGUCGACCCUUGUCCAAACUCGCCCUCUUCCUGGAGCCAGCGCCUGCUCAACAAGAAGCUCCCCUCAAAGACUCAUUCAGACCAGCUCAGUGUGUCGUCAUCAGGCUCCAGUGGUUCUGAGAUGGAGGAUCUGUCCUCACCACAGCCCUCACCCCUCAGAGUCAAACUCAAGUCUCUGUCAGGCUCCCUCCACAACGUGUCUGAAGGCCUCUCCUCCAACACCACCUCACCCACUCCCUCCAACGCCUCCUGCAGCUCCUCCCAGCCCGACCUCUCCUACUCCUCUAUGGUCAUGAGCCCUGACUGCUCCUCCUCCUGUUGCUCCUCCUCCUCUCCUCCGUGCUCUAAGCCUGUCUAUAACAAGCAGGUAGCCGACUCCUGCAUCGUGAGGGUGAGCGUGGAGUGCGGCAACAACGGCAAUGUCUAUAAGAGCAUUCUGCUGACCAGUCAGGACCACACUCCUCAGGUGAUCCAGAGGGCCCUGGACAAACACAACCUGGAGAACAUGAGCUGUACAGACUUCAGCCUCACACAGCUGCUGUCCCAGGACAAAGAACUCCAGAUCCCUGACAAGGCCAACGUGUUCUACGCCAUGGCCACCUCGGCCAACUAUGACUUUGUCCUCCGCCAGCGCUGGAGGAGCCACAGCAGACUCCUAGGCACUUCUUCUAGCCCCGGGGCCCAGGCCAGGGGAUGCCAUGCCAAGUAGACGGCACCACAGCUCCACCUCCUAGUCUGGAGGGAGAACUACAGCAAUAGAAAAGGGUGGAAGUGGAAUUGUGGCCCACUGGAACCAUGGCGUAGUCACUGUAACUGAGCUAGCUGCUGAUGCUUGGUAGAAAUGCGCAUUUAAGCCUUUCAUUGGCCACAGCCUGAGAACUUGCAUUGUGAACACCAUUAUGAAGUUUCUGCACCAGGACGUGGUUGACUCAUCAUUGGAAAGGAGAUUAUUUUGAUACUCAUGAACUCAAGGAUGGGAAUAGAUGCAUUCCAGGAGGUUCCAUAUUGAAGGAUGGAAACUGAACAGGUGAAUUGAAGUGACGCAAGCAGACAUUUUGUGGCCUCAUAUCCACUUCGGUGGAUUGAAGCCAUCUGGAUGUCAAUGGAAGAAAUGAGGAAUCAACCACAACCAUUUUUAUUUUCUACACAAGACUAACACCAGCUAAUGUCAACAAAUAUGCUAUGGCACUUUUAGAAUGUUGACCAGUGUAUUGAACCAGCACUGCAUGUCAUUAAUUUAGCUCCGAACAGCAAAGACUAUUAUCAACACAAGUGACUAUGCAUCUACUUAUUUAUGGAGAAAAGGAACCUGGAGGCAGGAAAUCUCCCUUUCUACUCUAAAUAGGUGUUCCAACAUAAAGGGCAUGCAGGUCAUUGACUCUGGGUCGAUGGAAGUGUCCAACAUGAUUGAGUGGGGUGUGUAGGUCUCACAUAAUGAUGCAGUCCUUAUGGGCUGAGGGGAUGACCAUUCACAUGGUCCACACACCUGGGUACGCGGUUCUAACAUUUCAGAAAGUGAGGAAGGAAAGGUACAUUUAAGUGUUGAAGCAGGAUGUGUUCCAUAGGCUUUAGAUAUAACAUACACAUACACACAGACCGAGACAGAAAUAAUUAACAGCGGUAGAUAUGAUAGUGUUAUUAGCAAUAUGAAUAUAGACCAGAUCGUUUCAGAAAUUAUUCUCAAUGCUAUGUUGCAUUUCAGUGUUUCAGCUUUGAGCGAGGGGAUUUUUUUUAUUUUUACAAAUUAUAAAGUGAUAUUUGUUUGUAAUUUGAAUUGUUCAAUGGAGGGAGGGGCAGUGCCUGGUAAAUGUACAGUAUGUUUAAUGUCUUAACUAUAAUGGGAUGAUGGCACUUUAAGUCUCUUAUCAGAACGUUUGUUUUGAAUGUCAAAUGAAGGAUAUAAACAGUGUACAGAACAUGAAUGACUCACACUGACCAGGUGAAAGAUAUAAUCCCUGAUGUCACCUGUUAAAUCCACUUCAAUCAAUGUAGAUGAAGGUUCAUGGAUUUCUAAGCCUUGGGUUUUCUAUGUGUCACAGGGUGAAUGGCAAGACGAGAUUUAAAUGCCUUUCAACAGGAUAUGGUAGUAGAUUGCAGGCACACCGGUUUGUGCGUGUCAAGAACUGUAACACUGCUGGGUUUUUCACGCUCAACAGUUUAUUGUGUGUAUCAAGAAUUGUCCACCAACCAACUUGACAUAACUGUGGGAAGCAUUGGAGUCAACAUGGGCCAGCAUCCCUGUGGAACGCUAUUGGCACCUUGUAGAGUCCAUGCCCCAAUAAAUUUAGGCUGUUUUGAGGGGAAAGGUGGUGCAACUCAAUAUUAGGAGGGUGUUCUUACUGUUUUGUACACUGUUUUUCUAUACGUGACUACAGGCUAUCUGAAGAAAUGCAGAAAAAGAGAGCGGAGGAGGGAGAGUGUUUCCCCCAAACAAUGUCUGAUAACAAACCCCUAACCCCCCCGUGGUAAAAAAAGGCCCAUUUCAUUUCAGUAGGGAUGAGAAUGACUAUUGAAUGUGGAUGUUGAAAGACAAAGAAUGUGUUGGUGUUAUUUAUGGUGAAUUCAUUAGCCGGUGUGAGGGCAGUUGGUGAAUGUGGGUAUUGCUGAUAGUGUUGUGAGGUGUAGAACUGUUUACAAGUCAGAUGGGGAGACAGCAGAGAACAAGCAUGAAUUGACCUUUUGUGCUGCUUAAGAUUUAGCUGAAACCCCUAUCAGUGUUUUAUUCGGAGAAUCAUUUGUCGUUUGUGCACAUUUUACUAAACUUUUGAGGACCAGAACUCCUUACUAGAAUAGUAAACCAACAACUUCAGAGAAGUGAGGACGUUUGGCCAGUCCUCACUUAUAAAAAGGCUAUUUUAGGGUUGUGGUUGGGGUUAGGAUAAAUAGAGUUAAGGAAAAUAGGGUUAGGGAAAAUGGGAUUUUGAAUGGGAAUCAUUGUUGGUCCCCAAAACGUCCUCACGAGUUUAGUAAGACAUAGUUGGGUGUUUUAAUUCAAGCACUUUUCUUUCAAUGUCACUUUGUUUUAAACUAUGGGAUAUUAAUUAAUAAAGAUUUAAUAUACUCAA